GUGCGUUGAGAGAGUGUCUUCUUUUUUUUUUUUUCGUACAUUUUUGUGAUUGCUCUUGAAAUUAAAAGAAGAGUUAAUAAAUGCGCUAUCAAUAAUAUCAAAAGAGACGUAAAUAUAUAAAGUGUAAUACGAAAGGUAAUCAGCGCAUGAAUCGUGCUCGCCUUUAGUUGACAUCAAGUUGGUCGCAAGCCGAUUCGGCACUAUCAGUAUGGAAACAAACGUGCAGCAGAGCGGGCAGAAGCAGCGCAUAUACACCUCAACCCCGAAAUUGAAGCAGCGUAAAUCGGGGCCGCACAACGCCAUUAGCCUUUGUAGUUUUGUCAAAGCAACAACAAAACAAUAUUUUUACGUGGGUGGUGCUAAUGGUGUCAAGGGCCAGGAGUCAAUAAUUAACAUCCUGAAAGCACUCAUCACAUUUGUCAUUCUAAUUAUCGUCUACAAAAUCAUAAUUUUAGCAAUGUCCUACAUCAAUGGCAGCGGCGUGCAGCAGCUGAGCAGCUAUGUGCAAUCUCAGCUGAGCGGUGCCUUUGAAAAACUCCUUCCCGUGCUGUGCGGCCUACUUGUGGCAGGGUUCGGCUAUGCCAUCGUUUACUUGGACAGCGCUGCGCCAGGCGUUUCGCCACGAACACCAUUCUCACCGCCGGCCAAGCAACGCUCUCGCCAAAACAAAUCCUCAAUGCAGCUGAACUAUUUCUGUGCUCUGGCCGUGGGAGUUAUCGUUACAUUCUUUACAUAUUCACAUUUGUGAGAAAAGAAUUUCCUUAUAGUCAAUUAUGGCAGCAGUAUUAAGUAUUCGAUUCAGUCCAAUUAAAAAAUAAUAAUUUAUUUUUCACUUAAAUGAAGUAUUAUAUAAAAUAUAUAUAAAUAUAUGUUUGGCUUGUGCAAUGCUCCUGAAGCAAAAACCUAACAACAAAUUUAGUAAAAGCUAAAAGAAGCUCAGCGUCAAACUUGAAAUUAAACUGUAUAUUAAAUAUAUAUGUAGAUUAAAUUAAAUAUUAACUAUAAUCCAUUACUAAUAAUAGAAUAUGUUUACAUAUACAAAUAUGUGUAAAACCAAUGUGAGAGUACAAAUUGUGGAAAUGUGUAAAGCAUUAAAACAGAUUAACUAUUUAUAUGUACUAAAAAGAAAUAUCUGAUGCAUAUGGCCAUUGGAAGGCUAAAUUUAAAUAAAUUAAAAACUACUA